AUGCUAUUGAACUGGAUAAAUUCUGGGUUAAAUUUGCAUCAGUGGAUUAAAUUGUCUGGUGGAGUUAAUCACAUCACCCGCAAAUCCUCAGAAUCUGCUGUCACUGUACCUGAUGUCCCUAGUUUCGCAACUCUCUUUGAGAAGACUAAAGAUGCUUUGGGUGGUGUAGACUCCGGACUUACAGAUUUCGAGAGUGCCACUGGUAUUCCAAAUCAAUUCCUUCUCCCGAACGGUAAUGAACAGGGUCUGGAUUUCGACCUUGUUGUUGCUGUUACUGAUGGCGCAGCCGACGCAGCAAUAGAUGGCCUCCAUGAAACUACUGAGUUCAAUCACUACGGUUCCCAUGGCAAGUACCCUGACAAUCGCCCUCAUGGCUACCCUCUGGAUCGCAAGGUUCCUGAUGAACGUGUAUUCGAAGAUCUUCCCAACUUUGGUCACAUCAAGGUUAAGGUCUUCAAUCAUGGAGAACACAUUCGCCAUAAUUAAGAAGCAUUACUGUUAACGACAGUGAUUUUUAAAAUGGAGAGGAGGGCCUGAACUGAGAUCUUACUGAGGUUUCAACCAUCGCCAACAAACUCAAUAAAAUUUUAUAAUAAU